AUGUUUGCCUCCACCGCCCAACGAGCCCGCAAAAAUCGAGGUACUGCAGAUGAACCCGCGGCCCCCCUGGAAUCACAAUCCCCAGCCCGCCGUGGGAGAUCAUCCAGUGAAGACUCCGAACCAGACGAGCUUGACGAUGGGUUUGAAGACCCAUUUGCAGCCCCCACCAGAUCCGCCAUCAACAGACAGCAGGAACAUCAAGAGGAACGUGAGGCUACCCCGCAGUCCCCCCUAACUGAUUUCUUGACCGCUAUUGCCGUCCCGCUGCUGCCCCUGGGAGCCUUAGACUUAUUCCGCGAGUUGUCCAAUCCUGAUCAGCAGGCGGCCCUCAUGACAACCAUGGCAGCCAUUGCUGCCCGAGGGCAUGACGGGCCCAACCCAAAUGCAACGCCUAACCAACGAGUUGGUAACGGCCCCGAGGCCAACGGCCCCGUGGAUCUAGCGGAAGAAAUCCGCCAAUUCCAAUACUCUCUUGCUGCCAAGAAAUUAAUCCGUAGGACAGCCCGGGAGAAUUUUGUUCAUCCUCUCAUAGAGGCUUAUGCCCGAGACAACCGGGUAAAUUCAUUAUUCCAACUUGUCCUGCGCCAGUUACGGCGACAGACCCCCGCGGUAUUGGAAGUGCACUUCCCUCCUGGGUUCAUCAAUGAAGAUCACGAUGCCGUUCAGCACGCCAACACAGCCAUCAGGACACAGUUGAAGCAAGUUCGGAACAAAUUCCGCAAUCACUUGAUGACUGGAUUCAGCCCUACAGGUGACCCUACCUUGCCUAACAUCCCCAAUCUGCAGAAUCUUUCCCGGAUCAUGUGGAGACACUUGAAUCCUGCCUUAGCUGGCACACCUGAUGGGGAAAUAGAUCGCCUAGUCAGUGAUCCACAAAUCCGAGUCCGCUAUGCCUUCUUGCGAUUGGGCACCCUUCAAAACUAUUAUGAUCCUAAAUCUUGCAACAUCUCACAGUGGCUCCAGAUUGAUAGGAAACUCAUUUCCAACUGCACACUGGCUGUGGAUUACACCAAUGCUCGCAUAAUUUCGCCGACCAAGAAACGUUCGAACUCGCUGACAAACCUUCUCGCCAGAUUCAAUCAACAAUCGGAACUCCAUCGUCCCCUUGACGUCCACCCGAAACAGGCGAAUACGCGUCGUCCUCUGAGCAUCAUGAGCUUCCUAAGUUUGCGGGCGUCCGUGUCCAUUUUGGCAGUAGCUAUACUUCCUCUCGGCCAAGUGUCGGCCUGGUUCAUGGGCGUUGGUCAUCUACCCUCGUGCGCCUUCAUCUGCCUAGACCGAUCGGUGUCACUGCAAUCUUCCUGCCAAGAUCUUAAAUGUAUCUGUAAACAACCCAAUCUAUUGGCUUCGAGCGAAACUUGCUUCCGCAAGGAGUGUGACUUGAACUCGCUGUCGAAAGCACUGAAGCUGCUGGCCACUUGCCAAGAAUCCUUUGGAGUGACCCCCACGAGAGACCCUCCAGUGCAAUCACCUAGCACCCCACCGACAGCCCCCAGUCCACUGCCAGUCACAGGUUAUCCUGGUUACCCAUACACGGUUCCGCCACCGGCAGCCAACCAGCUGCCCUCUGCAUCUUAUUAUCCCUACCCGUAUCCCCGGGUGGCUGCUCCUGUCAAUACCUCAAACGGCGCUCAGCUGCCUCCUGGUGCCACUGUACCUCCUGCAGUUUCUUCUUCACCUGGAGCUGGAUCUCAACCCCAGGUUUCGACGCCGCCAACCCAGGUUUCUCCGCCACCACCUCAGGCUUCCACUCCCACCCCCCAAGCUCCUACACCGAUUGGAGGCGUGAUCAACGGUACAACAAACUCGACCGCGGCCAAUCCACCAACAUCGGCGUCAGCUUAUCCACUCUUUCCACCCCGCUCGAAUUCGUCCGCCUCCCCUGCGGCAGGUGACGCGGCUUUUGCUUCAGCACGGAGUUUAUUCCAGAAUCAGAAUUCGGGUAUCUUCCUUUUGAUCUUAUUUUCAUCCCUCUUGUAUGUCUAG